AUGGUAGACUCUCUUUCUCCACUGAUUCAAAAAUGGCUGGAGUGGGACCAAGACCCCACCACCCGCGCCGAGAUCCAACAGCUUCGGGACGCCGGCGCUGUUGCAGAUCUUGAACAACGGCUUCAGAACCGAAUUCAAUUCGGGACUGCAGGCCUUCGCGGCCGGAUGGCGGCAGGGUUCUCCUGCAUGAACUCUUUAACCGUCAUCCAGGCGUCGCAAGGCCUGGCCAAGUAUUUGAAGGAGAAGCAUACGGACAGUGCUUCGGGCGGAGUGGUUAUUGGCCAUGACGCUCGUCAUAACUCAGCCAAGUUUGCAGCUCUGGCUGCGAAUGCCUUCAUCUCACAGCAGAUCCCGGUUUGGUUCUACUCCGAACCUUCUGUGACUCCAUCUGUGCCUUUUGGAGUAACUCACUUGAAAGCUGCUGCUGGUAUUAUGAUCACUGCAAGCCAUAACCCGGCACAAGAUAAUGGCUACAAAGUCUACUUCAAGAACGGCGCCCAGAUCAACACCCCCGUUGAUGCAUGCGAAUAUCUACACGCCGAUGCAUAUAAGACCAUCUUGCCUCACUAUACAAAGACGGUUUGGGAUUACGCGAACUCAACUGUGUCUGGCUGGAAACAACCAAGACCUUUUGUUUACACACCCCUGCACGGAGUUGGAGGCCUUGUCUUCCCCAACCUCUGUCGGUCUGUGGGCGUAACCGAAUUCACGCCUGUACCGGAACAAGUAGAGCCCAAUCCGGAUUUCCCGACAGUAUCGUUCCCCAACCCUGAGGAAGCUGGAGCUUUGGACCUGGCUAUGCAAACCGCCGAUAAGGAAGGCAAAACAUUGAUCAUUGCCCAUGAUCCAGAUGCAGAUCGUUUUGCUGCCGCCGAGAAAGUUGACGGAUCAUGGUUUUCUUUUACAGGCAACCAUAUCGGAGUCUUACUCGCAUCUCACCUGUUCGACUCCCUGGAAAACAAAAAGGACGACACACGCAUUGCAGUCCUGAACUCCACAGUGUCGACAGGCAUGCUCGAGAAAAUGGCAACAGCCAGGGGUAUACAAUUCGAAGAGGCACUAACCGGCUUCAAAUGGAUGGGGAAUAUCGCCCGACGCCUCGAAGGCGAGGGCUACAAUGUCCCCUACGCAUUCGAAGAAGCACUAGGCUACAUGUUCCCGGCCGUCUGUCACGACAAAGACGGCAUUACAGCAGCGAUGGUCUUCCUAGCAGCACAGGCCAAAUGGCAGUUGCAAGGACUCACCCCGUACAUGAAACUACAGCAGCUCUUCAAGGAAUAUGGUCACUACGAAACUCUCAACAAUUACUUCCGGUCCUCGAACCCGGAGACAACAAUGGCUUUGUUCAGAGCCAUUCGGAAUGGGCCCUAUAGAACCGAGAAGACCUUGGGCCCGUUCAAAAUUCUGCGCUGGCAAGACAUGACCGAGGGCUAUGAUUCCGGCACGGCCGACAACAGGCCUGCACUGCCGGUUGAUAAGUCCAGCCAGAUGUUGACUCUCUGGUUGGACCAGGAUGUGCGGUUUACGUUCCGUGCCUCAGGCACGGAGCCAAAGGUUAAGCUGUAUGUUGAAAGCUGUGGAGCGUCUCGUGAACAGGCUGUCGAUGCUGUUUGCAAUGCCUUCCUUGCGGUUUUGAAGGAAUGGGUGCUUCCCUUUGCGCCGUCUAUGACGUAUAGUAGACAGAUGCCUACAUCCUCCGGCCACGUGUUUCAGAUUCCCAAUUAG